AUGAAUGAAGAGCCCACACAUGACAAACUUUUAGCUCAUGUCACCAAGCAAUCUUCCCUACAACCUGGGGAGCUACAACAUGACAUGUCAGACAAGUUAGCUUUGGUUCCUGCAACCAAACAUUGCAAAGGCAAACAAGAAGCUAAGAACCACGAGAUCGUCAUAGAUGGAGUGUGGUAUAAAGCAUGUGCAACCACUAUUGCCUAUGCUAGAAAUCACAACAUAUUGGAAAGUCAAGGUUGUACACUUCUUGGAAAUAUAGUCAAGGACAAGAAGAAACUUCUUUGUCCAUCCAAUCAAGUCAAGCUGAGAUUGCUACACACUACUUCACCAAAGUGUAUGUUGAAUGGAACCUCAAUUGAUUUCUUAUCUAAGGAGCAGCCAACUGUUGAGACUGCUACUUAUGAUUCUGAGCCUGUAGCCACUCAAACCUGUGCCAAACAGAUCAUGGAUCUCCAACAAACCUUGAGGUACCUUGGUGUGUCGAUCAGAGGUCAAAGCUACAUGUCUGGUGACAAUGAAUCUGUCAUGAACAGUUCUUCCCUACCUGAAGCGAAGCUACACAAUCAAGAUGUUGCAUUGUCAUUCCACCGUGUGAGAGAAGCAGUAGCAGCUAACAUGCUAUCUAUUGUCCACAUUGACAGUGCUCUCAACCCAGCUGAUAUCCUCAGCAAACAUUGGGGUCAUCAGCAAAUCUGGACACUUCUACCAACUUUAAUGUUCUGGUCUGGAGAUACUGCUGAUCAAGAGGACUAG